GUUCUUCAUGAACAUUUCCUGCCUCCUCUGACUCACGUCCAUCUCGCGUUUCCUCUCAGAUGAAGGAGGAGAAUGAGGCUCGAGCCGAUUUAAGAGCACCGACCCGGGGUCAGACGCGAUGGAGCGUGUAGUGGAGCGGUUCGGUUCUGUCGGUUUUGGAUCGGUUCUUCUCGUGUGUCUGGUGUCUGGUGCAUCAGCUCUGCUCCACACAGCCAAUCCACACAGUGUGUGUAAGUCAUGUGACCCUCAGCCGGCGAACUGCAAGUCGAAUCAGUGCAUCGCCAACUGCAGCGUAUCAAAGGUCUGCCCGAGUCCAGAUGACGUCUGCGCCGCCGUCUGGUGGAGGGAGGCUGGAGUUGUGACGGUGGAGACGAAGUGUCAUGACCCGACGCGGCUGCUGAACGGCGUGAUGCUGGACGACUACAGCAGCUCGGACUGUGUGCUGUCGGUCAGAAACAUGAACACCCCUAACCUCCGUCUGUGCGCCUGUACGGGACGAGAGUGCAACGAACGCAUGCUGCUGAACAAACCUGAUGACCAGAUCGCUAUAUUGCCUACAUCAGAAACUAAAGGAGGAUUCAGACUCGCUCAGCUCUGUAGGUUCUGUGACAUUGAAUCCACGGCGUGUAACGCCACCGGCGUCUGCGAAUCCUUGUGCAACAUCUCCUCCAUCUGCGAGAAUCCCAACGAGGUCUGCGUCAGCGCCUGGAGGAGAAAUAAAGGGAACCCCAUCAUCGAGACGGUGUGUCACAAUCCGGCGCGCCCGUUUCACGGUCAGUAUCUGACGGACUACAACAACUCCGUCUGUCUGAUGAAGCAGGUGAAGGGCAUGGAGGAGGAUUUCUACAUCUGCUCCUGCAGUCAGGAAGAGUGCAACGCUCCACUCUUCUUCCCUGACGUGUCAGCUCCUCCAGAAGGCUUUGAGAGGAAUCUCCCGCCGGUGCUGUUGGUCAGUCUGGUUCCUGCGUUGAUCGCUGUCGUCGUUCUCCUCUCGGCCUUCUACUGCUAUCGCCUGUUUCGCCAGCAGAACCUCAAAGUGCCCAAAACCAAAGGCAUCGACAGCGAGACCUGUGCAAUCAUCAUGAGCGACGACGACCGAUCCGACAGCAGCUCGGCCAACGCCAACAGCCUCAACCACAACACCGAGCUGCUCCCCAUCCAGCUGGAUGUUAUAGUCGGGAAAGGCCGCUUCGCUGAAGUCUACAGAGCCAAACUCAAGCAGGGAGCGACGGACGAAUCCUUCCAGAUGGUAGCGGUCAAAAUAUUUCCCUAUGAAGAGUAUGCCUCGUGGAAAACCGAGUGGGAGAUUUUUUCAGACGCUGAGCUUCGGCACGAAAACGUGCUUCAGUUUCUGACCGCCGAGGACCGGAAGGCAGAGCGACGCUAUUGGCUGAUAAUGGCCUAUCACGAGCGAGGGAACCUGCAGGAGUUCCUGACGCAGCACGUGAUUGGCUGGGACGAGCUGUGCCGAUUGGGUGGAUCUCUGGCGAGGGGCGUGGCUCAUCUCCAUGCCGACCGGACGCCAUGCGGACGCGCUAAAGUGGCCAUCGUGCACCGCGACCUGAAGAGCGUGAAUGUGCUGGUAAAGUCGGACCUCAGCUGCUGCCUGUGUGACUUCGGUCUCAGUCUGAGACUCCAUAACUCCAUGUCUCCUGAAGAACUGGCCAACAGCGGACAGGUGGGAACGGCCAGAUAUAUGGCUCCUGAGGUGCUGGAGUCCAGGCUAGACCUGGAGAACAUCGAGUCCUUCAAACAGGCUGACGUUUACUCCAUGGCCCUGGUUCUGUGGGAAAUCACGUCCAGAUGCAGCGCUAACGGAGAUGUGCGGGAAUACGAGCCUCCGUUCGGGAAGCUGAAGGAUCAUCUGUGUGUGGAGAGCAUGAAGGACGACGUCAUCAGAGACCGACUGAGACCCGAGAUACCGGCCAGCUGGACUAACCACACGGGUGUUCAUCUGCUGAGCUCCACUAUAGAGGAGUGCUGGGAUCACGACCCCGAGGCGCGUGUGACGGCGCAGUGUGUCGUGGAGAGAUUCAGUGAAAUCAGCAGCGCUGUGAUCUCGCCCCUCAGCGCCGACACCAAGAGCGCACAGGAUUCUGGGAACGAUGAGAAGGAGAUCUGAACCGCAGACACCCGUCUGUCCAAUCAGCUGAUGAAGACUGUUUAAGACAAACAUGUGACAUUUGCACAUUACAGGAUCAGCUAAACACACCACAUCCAUGCAUGCGUACAGCACAGGUGACGUUUAUUUAGCUAUGAACUCAUACUCCAUAUCCAGAGCGCGUGUAUGACGCCAGCCGCUCGUUAGCAAUCAUUAUAAGCUUCAGGGAAAAUCUGCUUCGCUGACGUGAAACAGUCAAACACAGAGGAACGGGGGUCCUGACGCAAAGGAUUCUGGGACGUGUGAACUCGUACCAAGAAAAUCCAAGAGACCCUUUGUGAACUUACAGUAUUAUAAAGCCACAAGAUGAUUAUGAGCGAUAAACCAGAUCAAAUCCAGCUGGUUUAAGUGUUUAUUAAAGAAAAAUAUAUAAAAUAGCUAGUG